CCCAGACUCAGACUAAACACACAAAGACUGAAGCUGAAUCUGAUGGCAGAAUGCUGCUGCAGCCUGUUUGGAACUUCCUGCUGGGGCACGCCUCCCUCCUGCAUUCACCUUUCUUCCCCGUUAUCUUCUCCUUGUCCGUCUACCUGUCCUUCUGCCUGCCCUUUCUACUCCUGGACCUGCUGUCCACCAGGUGGGCCCUGGUGCGCAGGUACAAGCUGCAGCCUCAGAGCUCCGUCAGCUGGGCCUCGAUGUGGAGCUGCCUGGCUUUGACGAUCUACAAUCACCUGGUCUUCAUCUUCCCGCUAACAGUGAUGCACUGGUACCUGAGGCCCAUCCACCUGCCCGAGGAGGCCCCGUCCCUGCCCCACCUGCUGGCUCAGGUGCUGGCUUGCCUGCUGCUCUUCGACUCCCAGAGCUUCAUCUGGCACCUGCUGCAACACAAAGUGCCCUGGCUCUACCGCAACUUCCACAAGGUGCACCACACCUACACCUCUCCCUUCGCCCUCACGGCGGAGUACUCCGGAGUCUGGGAGACUCUCUGCCUGGGUUUCUUCGCCACCGCCAACACCGUCCUGCUGGGCUGCCACCCGCUCACUGAGCUGGCUUUCUUCGUCGUGAACAUCUGGCUGUCAGUGGAGGACCACUGCGGCUACGACCUACCCUGGGCCACUCACCGCCUGGUGCCGCUGGGGCUGUACGGCGGGGCCCGCCACCACGACCUCCACCACCUCAAGUCCAAGUGCAACUACGCCCCCUACUUCACCCACUGGGACUGGCUGGCAGGGACGUUGUGCACACAACACGACUGAGAGUUUCUGCACUGAUGGAGAAAACUGAUUUCAGAACCAAUCAGUAAGUUUCAGACCGGAACGAAAAGUUUCUGAACUGAAAGAGACAUUUUUUAAACUGAACAAGAGGUUUGAAAACUAGCUAAACAGACUAGUUUCUAAACUAAAGAUGAGGUUUUAAAACUGCCUGUAAGAUUUCUGAACUGGUACAGAAGUUCUGAACCAGGUAAAUGUUUGAACACAUCAAAAGUUUUCUGAAUGGGUCCUGAAGUGGUUGGGAAGGUUUUUCAAGUCUUCCAGAGGUAUCUGAUCUGGUCUAAAGCUCAGAUGAAGACAUUUCUGUGGCUGGCUGAUGGGCUGCAGAAAUCUCCACUGUAGGACGUCUUUUAUAUUAAAAGACUGACACUAUAUACUAUUUACACACUUUAUCUAUUUUUUUUUCCAUGUAUUUAUUUCAGAACUUCAACCAGAACUGAUUAAAUUAAUGAGGCCUGUUUGACUUGAUCUGUUCACACUGCAAAGUGUUCGUCAUAAUUUUGUCUAAAAUCCUCAUUUACUUACAACACGUAGAUGUAGAAACUCUUCUCAAUGAAAUCAACUUGUUUGAAGAGAAAUGUUUUGGUGUGUUGACACUGAACAGAAUGAUUAAUUGACUGCAAUCAAGAAAAUAACACUUGAAACUUGACUUGUGGAAAAGGAGAUUUUUGUAGUGUAACAUUGAGCACUGAAGAAUUAUGUGCAUGUGCUGCUAUGCGGCAUUAAGAUGACAUAUUAAAGAUCAUCUUCAUCGCAUCAGAAAAAAAUGUUCAUAUUGAACAAUCAUGCAAAAUGUUGAACGCCAUGCUUUUAUUUGAAUUUUCUUUUAUUAUAUUCAUGUUGUGAUAUUUAUCUAAGACGGAUCAAAGAAGGUCAAAUGACUGAACUGUGAAGGUGUGAAACUGAAGCUGCUUUAGAAGGUGAAGAGAGUAAAUCAGUGAGUUGAUGCAUGUUUGUGGAUGAAGAUUGAUGAACAGGAGGAAAAUGUGACUUAAUGAAAUGUGAAAACAGUAUUUUUAUUACUCUGAUCUGAGAAUACACUUUGUGAAGAAAAGCUAAAUAUUUGUGUCUCAUUUUGUUCCACAUUUCCCACAAAUUUGAGUUGUGCUCUUUUCAGUGUGACACAUGAUAGAGCGACGACUGUCCCAGCUGGUUAAACUGGAACACUUAGAGACGUUUCCAUUCAUGCAGGAAGACACUGUGAUGUCAACGUCCAUAUGAGCUGAAACUGAUGUUUCAGGAAAGACAGCGUUGUUUCAGAAUCUGUCUGGUCAGAGUGCCCGACAUUGUGACCUGAAUCAAAUUAUUUCCUUGCUGUAAUAAACCACCUCUCCCACUUACACAGCACUUGUAAAGUGUGUGUGUUGUGUUAGAGUAAUGACUCACACUGCUGCACAAACACACACUUAUUGUUCCUUCAUCUUUUUAUUGCUUUGUGAUUUUUCUGCCACCCUGAAUGUCAAACCACUCUGAGUCAUUUAUGAAGCUUCCCACACUAAGGGCUGUAGAUUUGCCUCUGCAUGAUUGCAGAAGGAGAUGAACAGGGAUCUGAAAUGAUGGAUGCAGCUAAAUGUCUCUGAGUUCAUCCAGAAGGUUCUGAGGUGCUCAGAAGAAAAAGCUUCUACAGUGUUCGGGAUGUUUGUGAACAAUGUUUCUUGACUGAUGAGGAGGGUCCAGAAUCGAUUGUGAGACUAUGAACUGAUCUAAAAAAAUCUUUUCUGAACUAAUCAAGAGGUUUCUGAACUCAUCCGAACUCUCUGACUUAACUGUAAAGGUGAGGAAAAGAAACAACAUGCUUUGUUAUAUUAAUAUUUAACAGUGUGUGUAAAUGUGUAGUGUCUCCUCACAUGUGUUAUUUGAUAAAUGACUCUUUGUUCUGUGUGUGUUUGCACAGGAAGUGUGUGUUUGCAGUGAUCAAAUAUAAAACUGAACUUGAAGAUUAA